AUGAUGGGUCACAUGCAUCCGCUCUCUGUCGCCGGCGUCGUCGCCAUCGCUUCCGCAGCUCGUCGCGUUCGCGACCCCAGCCCGUCGCCUUCGAUCCGCCCGUCGCCUUCACUUCCCCCCCCGUCGCCCCUACUCGCCCCCCCUCCCCCCGCUCCGUUGCCUUCAUUUCCCCCUCCCGUCGCCUUCACUUCCCCCUCUCGUCGCCUUCACUUCUCCCCCUCCCGUCGCCUUCACUUCCCCCCAUCCCGUCGCCUUCACUUCCCCCCAUCCCGUCGCCUUCACUUCCCCCCCGGAGUGUUCGCCUUCACUUCCCCCCCCUCCCGUCGCCUUCUCUUCCCCCUUCCCGUCGCCUUCUCUUCCCCUUCCUGUCGCCUUCUCUUCCCCCUCCCGUCGCCUUCAAUUCCCCCUUCCGUCGCCUUCACUUCUCCCCCCCGAUGCCUUCAAUUCCCCCUCCGGUCGCCUUCCCCGCAUGCCGCACUUGCUUUCCCGCCCUUCACACUUGCUUCCCCACCCGUCGCCUUCACUUCCCCUUCCAUUGCCUUUCGCUCUCUCCCUGCUCACUCUCUUUCCCACUGCUCACUCUCUUCCCCCCUGCCCACUCUUUUUCCCACCCUUCACUCUCUCCUCUCCUGUUCACCCCCUGUUCUCACCCCUCUUCCUCCCUUCACUCAACCGUUCCCCCCUGCUCAACCUCUUUCCCUCUGCUCACUCUCUUCCCCCCUGCUCUCUCUCUUUAGCCCGGCUCACACUCUCCCCCUCCCCCCUCCCCCCACUCUCUUUCCCCCUGCUCACUCGCUUCCCCCCUCCUCAAUCUCUUUCCCCUGCUCAUUCUCUUUCCCUCUGCUCACUCCCCUUGUGCUCACUCCACUUUCCCCCAUUUCUCACCCAUUUUCGCCUUCACGCUCUCUUACCCCCUCCGCUAUCCCCUGUUUUCCCGGCUCACUCCUAUACUCACUCUCUCCUCCCCUUCUCACUCACUUCCUCCCCUUCUCACUCACUUCCCCCCUGCUCACUCUCUUUCCCCUUGCUUACUCUCUUCCCCCCCUACUCACCUUCUUUCCCCGUGUUCUCACCCCUCUUUCCCCCUUUCUCACCCAUUUCCCCCCUGCUCGGUCUAUUUCCCCCCUGUGCUCGUUCCUAAAUUCCCCUGCUGACUCCCUUACCCCCUGUAUUCACCCAUCGUUCCUAUUUCCUCUUGUUCACUCUCUCCCCCUCUGCUCUCUCCUCUUUCCCCCUGUACUCACCCAUUUCCAACCUUGUUUACUCUCUAUUCCCCUUCAUUCAACCCUUUUUCCCCCCCCAAGUCCUCUCAUUUCCCCUGUUCACAUCCCUCCUUAG